CAUUGGCUCAGAGGAUGUCACCGCCUCACAGUUUGUCCUCUUCUCACCUGGUUUUGUCACUUUUCUCCACAGUCCGGCUCUCUAUGAAGACAGGAGCACAUCUACCUUCAGCCCAGUAAAGAGGAACACACCACCGCUCACCAUGUUCACUGUACUUUCCCUGCUUCUACUGACAGGAGCAGACAGCGCGACAGCUUGUGCUGUGGGCCGGAGGCAGCGACCCAAUUCCUGGUGGUGGGAGUUCUUCACAACCCGUUUUGUUUGGUUUGCAGUGUGACGGGUGGUUUGCUUAUAAAUCCCUCCCCCUUUUCUUUGGUUCUCGUCGCCGUGGUUGAAUCCCACCUCAUCAAUAAAGAUGUACUGUUACAACACAUGAGCUGUGUCAUGCUCCUGGAUCCACUGACACAGACAGCAUGAGAAUGCAAGUUACAGUAUGGACACAGAGAGGUCAACACAGUGGGCUACAGUGAGACACUGUAGAAAAGGAACAAUAUUGGAUUACAGGGAUUCACUCUAUGAAGUAUUUCCUCACUGGGUCAGUACCAAACUUUCCAGAGUUUGUGGCUGUUGGUUUGGUUGAUGAAGUUCAGAUCGGAUACUAUGACAGCAACACAAAGAAAGUAGAACCCAAACAGGACUGGAUGUUAAAGGCAACUGAUGCACAGUACUGGGAGAGGCAUACUCAGCUUGCUUUGGAUGAACAGCAGGUCUUCAAAAACCACAUUGAAGUCUUAAAGGAACGCUUCAACCAAACUGGAGGUGUUCACAUUUACCAGAAGAUGGCUGGAUGUGAAUGGGACGAUGAGACUGGAGAAGUUAAAGGUUUUCUUCAAGAUGGUUAUGAUGGAGAAGACUUCUUAUCAUUGGACAUGGAGACAGAGACAUGGAUCGCUCCAACACCAAAGAGUGUCAUCACCAAACUGAAGUGGGAUCAAAAUAAAGCUCAACUUGCAUUUCUUAAGAACUACUACACCCAGGAGUGUCGAUCCUUUGUGAAGAAAUUCCUGGAGCACGGGAGGAGCUCUCUGCUGAGAACAGAGCUUCCCAGGAUUUCUCUUCUCCAGAAGUCUCCCUCCUCUCCAGUCAGCUGCCACGCUACAGGUUUCUACCCCGACAGUGCCAUGUUGUUCUGGAGGAGAGACGGGGAGGAGCUUCAUGAGGACGUGUACCUCGGAGAGGUCCUCCCAAACCAUGAAGGGACCUUCCAGAUGAGCGUUGACCUGAAGGUUUCAUCCAUCUCCCCUGAAGACUGGAGGAGAUACAAGUGUGUGUUCCAGGUCUCUGGUGUGAAGGAGGACAUCGUCACCAAACUGGAUGAAGACUCAGUCCAGUCCAACAGAGAAAAGCCCAUCAGCGUGACCACCAUCAUCAUCAUCACUGCAGUCGCUCUCGCUGUCGUCAGCCCUCACAUUGGACUCAUCGUGUAUAGGAGGAAGAAAGCCCAAAGUACCUCACCUGCUGGAACAGAUCCAGGUGCCUCAAAGCCGCUGAGAUCAGGUGACAGAGGUUCUAAUUCUCCAAGUGAAACAUCCUCCUGAACACAGUUUAUGGACGAGAAGCAGUGUCACCACAGUCUCCCCCUUACGCUGGGAAUUCAUUGAUUAUUCAUCACUCAAAUCAUAAGCUGAUAUUCAGGGUCAGACAUUGAUUGAAAUACAAGCAACACAACUGACAUAUACGAAAAAUUAGUGGUGGUGUUGAUUAAAUUUGAUCUUUUAGUUAAAAAUAAGAAAUGUUAACUACCCUCUGAUAAACGUUUGUUUAAAUAUUGGUAAAUCAAAUGAGGAUUAUUAAUUUUUCUUUACCUGCAGUACAGUAAAACACAUUUUCAAAAACAAUAAAAGUAUCACAACACUGUUCACAUACAGUUAAUUUAAAGAUCAUCUUAGUUACAGUUUCAUAUUCCUGGUGUUGGUGCAUCCUUGUAAAGUCAUGUAAAUAAUACAAAUAUAAAUAUAGAUAUAUAGACACCCAAACAUCCUCAUUUUAGGGUCUGGAAAUAUAAUCUGUCUUAUGAUUCCAUGAAUCUGUUGGUAUGUGACUCACGUAUUUCGAGAACCGUUCAUUUUAUCAGCUUCACACUGGACCUGUGUGUUGUUAAGGACACACGGAAGUGCAGUGUUGAAUCUGGUGUGAUUUGGACAAGUGACACAAUCAAUGUUAAUAGAAUUCAAAUAAACAGGCGACCAGAGCUCUGUAGCAGCUGCGGCUGGGUCUCGUCAGCGUCAGUGACUUUGUUGAUCGGGACGAUAGCACCAGACUCUCUAGUUGUGCUUCUGCAGACGGAGUUUUGAACAAACAGGAGAACGGCUCUUUGUGAGUCCAGCAGCAGCUCUUUUUAUUUUAUUUCUAUUUUGGCCUGAACAAGAAAUGAAUUAAUCCAGAGUUGCUUGUUUUUGUUUGUUUGGUUAUAUUCACGCUUUGCUGUGUUCUUAACCUUUAAAAUUCAUUUGAGUGGAGAGUAUAAAAGGGUUGUGGGAUGUUUUAAAUAUCUCAUGUGAAAUGUUGUGUUAAUAUUUCCUGUUAGUUUUUAGGGACAAGAGACUUUUCUGUUUUAGCCUCGUUAACAUUUACACUGCAAAAAUGAAAAGGUUCGAACAGCGCAAAAUUACUGAACUUAUCUGUUGUGAGUUUAAAAACGUCACUGUGGUAGUGGGGGAUGGUCAGCGUCGGCUACAGGAGGGAGGGAGUGGAGAUGGGGUGCUGGGAUCGGUGCCUGGGAGAGAGUCUAAUUGUGCUCAGGUGUUCCAGUUCCACUAAUGACUCUCUCCCCUUAUCAGCAGUAGCGAGCUGGGGCUCGGCACGGGCACGAGAGGAGCCAGUGCACGCCCGGAGAAGGAACGAUACGCUGCAAAGCGAAUGAGAAGUUUGAUUUAUGUUUUGUAUGGGUGUCUGGAGAAAUAAAAGAAGCUACUGAGACACA